AUGUAUGAGCAUGAUGCUGAAAAACCUGGAAACAUAAUCAGGAUAGAGGGAGUGAGGGAGGGAACGGGCAAGGGAGCGAGGGAGGGAACGAGCAAGGGAGCGAGGGAGGGAACGGGAAAGGGAGGGAGGGAGGGAACGGGCAAGGGAGCGAGCGAGCGGGCAAAGGAGCGAGGGAGGGAACGGGCAAGGGAGCGAGGGAGCGGGCAAGGGAGCGAGGGAGCGGGCAAGGGAGCGAGGGAGCGGGCAAGGGAGCGAGGGAGGGAACGGGCAAAGGAGCGAUGGAGGGAACGGGCAAAGGAGCGAGGGAGGGAACGGGCAAGGGAGUGA